CUCCCUCUGUCACUCACUCCGUCUCUCAGUCUCUCAUCUGAGACGAGCAGAGGACAAGAGUCUCCCGCUGAGACACUGUUGCAUUUCCCCUUUACCUUCUCCAUAGAGUUGAGAAGACAGAGCUUGUCACCAUGUCGGACCGUUUCGCCUGCUUUUAUUGCCGUGAUGAUCUAAAUGGGAAGAAAUACGUGCAGAAGGACGACAAGCCGGUGUGUGUGCGCUGCUUCGACAAAUUCUGUGCCAACAACUGUGCUGAGUGUCGCCGUCCAAUCGGCACGGACUCAAAGGAGCUGCACUAUAAGGGUCGUCACUGGCACUCGGACUGUUUCCGCUGCUCGAAGUGUUAUAAGAAUCUGGCUAAAGAGUCGUUCAGUGUGAAAGACGACCGGAUCCUGUGUGGGAACUGCAGCUCACGUGAGGACGCGCCCCGCUGCCACGCCUGCUACAAACCCAUCUUAGCAGGUGCAGAGAGUGUGGAGUACAAAGGCAACACAUUCCAUGACGACUGUUUCACGUGUUAUAAGUGUAAAAAGCCGAUUGGCUCUGAGAGCUUCAUCACCAAGAAUGAGAACGUUUACUGCAGCAGCUGCCACGAGAGCAAGUUCGCUAAACACUGCACCGCCUGCAGGAAGCCCAUCACAGGAGGUGGUGUGAACUAUCAGGACCAGCCAUGGCACUCAGAGUGUUUGGUGUGUGUGGUGUGUGUGAAGCCUCUGGCUGGAACUCGCUUCACUUCUGAAAAGGAGAAACUCUACUGCGUGGACUGUUACAAGACACACGUGGCCAAGAAGUGCAGCGGCUGCCAGAACCCCAUUACUGGUUUUGGAAAAGCCACCAACGUGGUGAACUACGAGGGAGGAACAUGGCACGAUUACUGCUUCACCUGCAAGAAGUGCUCGGUGAACAUCGCAGAAAAACCCUUCAACUCCAAGGACGGGAACGUCUACUGCACUGACUGCGCCAAAAAACUGUAGAGACGCGCACGAGAGAGAGAGAGUCACUUAUCAGAUAUAGCAUUUAGCUCUGAGUCUCACUGCAGGAGCCCGAGAUCAAGAUCGCUUGCUAACAACUCGCACAGUCUCAUAGCAUAGCAUUCUGCUAAUCUCGCUUCUAAAUAUCUCCUUACUUUUAAAUGUCCAUCUGUGUGUGUACGUGUGGGUGUGUGUGUGUGUUUAAAAAUACAUUAUAACCCUUCUCUUUUAGCCUGAUCUUACUGCACAAGUCAUAACAAUUCUACAUUUACAGCGUGAAACUGAUGUAUACCCAAAUCAGAAAAAUCAAAUAAAUAAAUAAAUACAAA